AUGUCGCUCUGCAUGAUCUCACACCUCUGCCUCCUGGUGCUGCCAGUGAUGUCACUGCUGCUGCUCUUCUCUCCGAUUGGACGGAGCUAUGAUAGCCCCGCCCCUGGCUGUCACCUUUACCCCUUCAACGUGACCAUCCGCAGUGACCGCCGCAGCACAUGUAAAGGCACCCACCUUGUCUACGCCUGUGUGGGCUACUGUGAGUCCAGUGCCUUCCCGUCCAGAUACUCUGUCCUGGUGGCGUCCAACUUCACCCACAACAUCACCUCCACUUCCCGCUGCUGCACCAUAAGCAAGGACGCCAAGGUCAAAGUUCACCUGGACUGCCCCCGCGGUCGUCACCAUGAAGAGAUAGAGAUACUGACGGCGAAGGCCUGCCGUUGCGACAUGUGCCGCAAGUCACGCUACUGA